GUGAAAUAUUUUUGUUUUGUGAUUGUCUUUUCUUUUUAUUUUGUGUAAAAAGUUGUGUUUUUAAAUAGAAAACUGUGAUCUUCUAAAAACUGGAGGUACUUUUUGAUUGGCAUAAAUAAAUCCAUGUUGUUCCAAACUGUUCUUGGCUAUAAGGGUCGGGAGUGAUGGAGGGGCGUCACUACCCACCGCCUCCACGCCGCCCCUAUCUGCGGUUCCCACCGCCCCCGCCAUUCCCACCAGCUGACUAUGCAUAUGCCUACUAUGAGCCGGGGGCCCCCGCCGUGCCAACCACCAGCAGACACACGUUCAUCACCAGGUACGGCACUGAGGAGAACAUCUACGAAGAGAUUGGGGCUAGUCAACUGGAGGAGGAGGUGCGAUACGUACACUCCCGGCAUCUACAGGUUCUGGAUGAACUGAACCUAACGGUAGAAGCCAUGCUAAUGCCGGAGGGUGGUGGGGGAGAAGCAGGAGGGGAGCUGUCCGGAGGCCCCGAUGAGUUGUUGUCUCCAGCCACAUGUUCCCUGGACUCCGGGUUCUCCGGAAGUUCCACGGGAACCAACAGUCUUGGUCGGAAUCCCCCCUCCACCCCCAAGACCAAGAAAGCACCUCCAUUCUGGAAGAAACUGCCAGGUCUUCAUCCUACCACACCUGCCCCAAGCCCAGCUCCUGGCAAACCUCUAGAUGAAGCGAGAUGCGUGUCUCACGGAUCAUCCUGGGACGAGAGUUCUCACGACCAAUCACAGCGCAGCUCGGGAUCCGAGCCAGACCUCUCCUCCGGCGACGAGAGCAGCAAAAGCGUGGACGCCAGACAGAAUGGCAAGGGCAGGUCGUUGUGGAGGCGCAACUCCCCCUCCCCCGACCCUCCGCCUCCUCCUGGCCGUUUGUCCCGGUGGUUCAGUAUCCGCCGCGGCAGUCAGUACGACCUGGAGGCCAAGGAGAGAGGGAAGAUGCCUCUGUUACCUGAGGUGGAGGAGGAAGGCAGUCUGAGUCACCGUCGUCUGUUGCCUCCGUCACUGCCACCCCCACCCCCUCACCUCAGUCCCCAGGAGCUCAAGAGACGACACAUAGUGGCUGCCAUUGUACACUCGGAGAACUCCUACCUCGCCACACUACAUCGGCUGGUCAAUGACUACAAAAAGCCCCUUGAAGACGCCAGCCCUGCCGUUCUUAGCGCCACCAAAAUACAAACACUGUUCCACCGCCUCCCUGAGAUCCUGCAGUGCCACACGUUGUUCCGCAUUGCACUUGCAGAGGCAGUGGCCAACUGGGACCGGGACCAUCGUAUUGGAGACGUUUUUGUUGCAAGCUUCUCCAAGGCGAUAGUGCUGGACAUCUACAGCGGCUUCAUCAACAACUUCAGUGUUGCAAUGGAACUGGCGAGAUCUGAGACCAAGCGAAAACCUGCUCUGGCUGAGUUCUUCAAGGCUCGUCAAGUCUCGUCUCACGACAGGUUGUCUUUCUUCGGUCUCAUGGUGAAACCGGUUCAGAGGUUUCCCCAGUUUAUCUUGUUCUUGCAGGACCUGCUGCACCACACGGGUCACGGCCACCCAGACAGAAUGUCACUACAGCUGGCGCUCACACAGCUGGAGAGUCUAGCAGAGCUGCUCAACGAGCGCAAGAGAGAGGCUGAGCAGAGUCAAGCGUUCCGAGACAUGCUGCGAGCUAUCAGUGGCAAAUUGAGCGCAAAGAACAUCGGAGACAACCACCGCUGUCUGCUGCGACAGGACGACGUCACGCAGAUGGAGCUAAACCAGUGUGGACUCAUCAGUCAGUACAAGAGUCGCAGACUGUUGCUGCUCAAUGACCUGCUUGUCUGUGUGUCUGUCGGCAACAAACAAGACAACAGCAACAGUCCACAGAGGCUCAACCUCAAGUGGAGCUGUCCCAUCAAUGAAGUCCAGGUUGUGGAGAACAACACAUCCCCUACGCUCAGCAGACUGUUGACUCCCAACAACGGAGUUGCAUCCUCUAACGGGGUUACAGAAAACCUGUGCUCAGAGAUGAGCAGACUCAUGCAAGACUACCAGACUGUCAGCAGGAUAGCUGAGUUGGCGGGGAAACUGCAUGGAUCAUAUCCGGAACUAAGCCCUGACGUGACAAGAGGUCUCCUCAACUACAUCCAGUGUGAGAUCCAACUGAAGGACGACCAGAUGGCCUGGGUGGACUCUUGUUGUCUGCAGCUCUCUCUCCGCAACAAGGACGAGACCUACACCUUCCAGAUGGACAGUCCCGAGGCCAGGAAAGAGUGGAUCACGGAGUUGAGGUUAGCGAGGCUCGCUCUAGACCCGGCCAACAGUCCGUCGUGGGAAGUUCCAGAUCAGGAGGUGAGACCAUGCACCAAAAUGCCCCUGUUUGUGGCAGCCCAUCCAGUCUACACUUCUCAACAACAUUCUGAGGUGGUGUGUGGCUGCUACUACACUGCAGCUUGUGGCAAGUCCUACCUGUGGGUGUGUACCACCGAUGGCAGCAGCAGUCACAUCAGCAUAGCCCAGACCUCACAGACUCUCCUCAAACCUAUCACACAGUUCUCACUGCAAGACAUCAGAGUUACCGCGAUGGAGUACGUCCGAGGAGUCGAAGCUGUUUGGAUAGGAACACAGUGCCAACAACUACUGGUGUACAGUGUGACUGAUGUAGACCACCCAGAGCAGACCCACUCCGUAAUGUUGUCUGGGGAUGUAGUGGUGAUCAAGCAGCACUGUGACUCUGUGUUUGUGGCGUUGUCUACCGGGCGACUGUUGGUUUUCCGUCGACACCAGCUAACUGCCGAGCCUGAAGAGAUCGUACUAGGCACAGAGCCAGUCAGCUGUCUGCUGCCUAUCAACCUCAGCAUGUACGCUGCAUGCGGAAAAACUGUCACUGUACUGCGGGCUAUCACAGGAGAGAUACAGAAGAGUUUUACCAUCCAGCAUGAACAUGUCGGAGGCAAUGUCAACCUGAUGGCUACCUCAGGUGUUGGUCUGUGGCUGUCUCUCACUCACUCCAGCACCAUCUGUCUGUACCAUACGGAGACAUUCAAACAUCUCCAGGACAUAAAUGUGGCGUCCAACGUAGUGCGGUUGACUGGAGCACAGGGCCCAGUAGCUGUGACAGCGCUGAUGGCGUGUAAGGGACUGCUGUGGGUCGGGACAGAUGCUGGGGUGUCACUGACUGUGCCUCUACCUCGGCUGGAGGGGGUGCCCAUCAUCAGUGGCCGCGUCAGUGUGUCGUACCACGCCCACGUCGGACCUACACGACUGCUACUGCCUCUUCAGGACCCUCCCACUGUGGUCAAGCGGCCUCCCAGCAAGGCACUGGCCUGCGACAUAUAUGGACUGUAUGGCCAACUCAUGUACGUCAAGGACUACGACGGAGAUGAUGAGAGACUGGACAUGUCUCACUGGUCACUUUCCACGAGCUCAGAAGAGAGUGGAGCGCCUCGGCACACAACAACGACAGACAGAAGAGAACACACUCUGGUGACCAUCACUGGAGGUAGAGGCUAUGUCAACUUACAGCAGCCUUGUUGUACAACAAUCACCAACAAUGCACACAUACUGCUGUGGGAGAUGAAACUUUGAGCAGUAUUGCUCCAUAACCUGCACUACCACAUCUUAAAUAUUUGAUUAUGCUCUCUAUAUAUCUACAUUUCGAAUGAAUGUAGCAGUUCGGUUUUAAUUCUGUUCAUUCCUCUUGGGUAAAAAAAAAAUAAUAACACAAAACUAGAAACAUGUUACCAAAAUAAAAAUGGUAUGUUGAUGAUAUGUGUUUAACAUAAAAAGCAAGGAUUUUCUAGAAGUGUAUGGAUUUUAAAAGGUGAUAAUGAAAGGAUUAGAUUUCAAUUUUUAAAGUUGUAAUGGAAUGAUCAGAUUUUAAACAAGUGAAAAUAAAACUUAGGUGGCUUUUGAAAUUAAAACCAAUAAUAUGUAUAACAAAUAAAAAAAAUGAUACAACAUAUCAAAGAAGUAACCGUGCGAGACUGAUUUUGUGCCUACUAGCACUUACUUUGUAUUUAUUAUUGUUCUGUAAAACAGAGUAAAUAUUAUGUAAUUCUCAAUUCUUGUUGUUAAAUAGAAAUGGGUUAACAGCCAAAUGGGCUACAUAGAAUACCAAUAUUGCAGUAAAGAGUCAGUAGCACUACAGGCUUAAGGCGGCAAUGUCGUGGGUUCGGAUCCUGGUACCUGCCACUUUUUAUCAGUACAGUUCACUCUUGUACUGUAUCGGCUCACACCUUGCUUUGCUGGAUGCGUUCCACAGGUAGGUCCAUAGCAUUGAUAAAUCAAAAUAUGGACAUUUAACUAACCAUUAAGAUAUUCUAGGUACAGAAAGUUAACCUACACUAAAUACCAAUAUUUGUUGGCUGAAAACCCCAAGAUUGGAUAAUUCAUUUAGAAAAUUGUUUUAAUCAUACUUAAGUUUGUUAAAACUGCUGUGUAAUUCAUUAGUGUGUAAAAUGCCUUCAAUUAUUGUGUAGGGAUAGUGUGUAUUUUUAAAAUUUAUUAUUAUUUUUAUUUUAUUUAUGGAACUAUUGGUAAGUUAUCUCGUAAUUUGUUUUCAUACUGAUGGGUAAUGUAAUGAUUUUGUAAAACAUUUUGAACCAUAUUAUGUACUUGGACAUUUCAAGAGGGUUUACAAUUGAAAAUUAAUCAAUCAUAACUUUCUAAAACUACGGUAUACCAAACUCAGUUUUUUUUUUUUUUUUAUUGUGCCUUUAAAAAAACUUGGUGCUUGAUUAUGAUGUGUCUUCAGCUUGUGGUUUCACAUAUUGUAUAUAUGUAUCCAUACAUAAAUUAACUAUAUUUACUUGUACCUAACACAUUUAUGAACUAUUGUGUAAAUAUUAUGUGAAUCCCACUCUAGUCCCAUUUUACUUUAGUUUAGGUACAAUUAGUAUUAAUUUACAAUCCAGCAAUGUUUAGUUACAUUAACUGAUGAUUGAAAAUGUAGUUGUUUUCAGUAAGAUUAGUACUUAAGGUUGUCACCAGCCAAAAUGUGUGUUAAAAUACCAGGCUGAAUUACCUUAAUGGUUUAACUUACAAUGUUUGUUAUCAUAGCCGAGGUUAAUUUUUUACUACUACAGUAGUACCUUUGCUGUAUCCAAUACGAUUUAUACCACAAAUUGGUUGGAAAUUCUUUAAUGCUUAUGUUAUUUCUUAACCAUACCAAAAAUGUCAUUUUAUGUUAUUAAUAACGGUGCUUUAUUAUAUGUAUAUAUUUUUAUUUUUUAUUCAUAUUUAAUAGGGAUGUACAAGACUUAAUAAUAAAAAAAGGUUGAAAAAGUGGUCAGUGACCACGAAAAUUUCUACUUUUAAUUUUGUGAUGUGUUAUGUGUCUCUAUGGACUUAUUUAAAGGUAAGCCUGCUUUCCUGUCAAUUUCCUUAAUAAUUCCUGGCAAAUGCCCUAUCUUUUUAUAAGAUAAUAAAAAAAGGAAUUGUUUGGGACUUUUUGGAAUUUUUAUUUAUAUAUUUUUUUAAUUGUGUUGUAAUUGAAAACAGAAAUUAAAUACAACAAAUUUGAGAAUUUUCAAAAAAUAAUAUUUAAAAACACUCAAAAAUAUUUCCCAAAAAAUUCCUGAAUUUUUAGGCUUUGAACAUCCCUAAUAUUAUUUUUUAUACAGUACUUUCUUGUGUAUUAAUUUCCUUCUAUACAGUGCAGUUUACCUUAUUGUACAAACCAUGUUGAGUUUAAAAUUUUAUGUUAAAUUUGAAUGUAAGAUAUUUUUUGUAUAUUUUGUAAAGACUAAAUAUGCAUUUGUACUAUUUGAUUUUGA